UUCUCCAUAUUUGGUUCUUUGUCAAAUGUGGGACCUAUGGUUGACGUAAUAGUCAGUGGCCAGAUUGCCGAGUACAUUGGUCGAAAAGGGUCUCUAAUGAUCCCUGACAUACCUAAUAUCAUCGGUAGGCUUGCAAUAUCAUUUGCCAGAGACUUUUCAUUUCUUUACAUGGGAAGACUAUUGGAAGGAUUUGGUGUGCCUAUAAUAUCUUACACU